GUCAAUGUAUGCAUGUAUGUGUCAUAGUCCAGUCGCAAAUAAAUCUUCAAACAGUUCACACGUCUUAUAUCUUCAAAAAACCCCUACAUACGAAAAUCAACCUUAUUACAAACAACAUUUGGUCGACAUCGAACCGGAGGAGAAACCAGAUAAGCAAAGUCCGGCGGCCAGCGAGAACAAAAGAGGACCGCAUUCCUGAGCCUACUUAUCAGCUGCAGUUGCUAACUAGUACGAAAUUAAGACAAAUUAAAUAAAGUGAAGAUAAAUAAGUUAUGUUAUAAGUGCAAAUCGUGUUGUUUACGUGAAUGGACAAGUAAAUACUGCAAUAUGUGUACUAACGAACAGUUAAUUCGUGUUUUGGAAGAAACAGCGAAAUUAUUAAGGAAAACUGAAUCUAAUUUGAAGAAAUGUCCAAAACAACGUUUAACUAAAGGCUACUUAGAAUCGCGUCUACAGUGUAUCGAAACUUAUUGGAAAACAUUUACAUCGACGCAUACACAGCUGGUACAGAAUACUACGAUACAAGAGCGCGGCGAGAUGCAGUACUUUCUUAAGGAAGAAUAUUAUAUCGUGGAGGAGUUAUACCUAUGUUUACAAGGCGAUAUCAAGGACGCGCUCGCUGCUGCCGCUCCCACACAUGUGCAAGGAACAAGUUCGCUGGAUGUCUCGAUGUUCGAAGCUGUGCAGCACCACGUCAAGUUACCUGCUAUUGUUUUACCGGUGUUUUCUAAUAACUAUGAAGAGUGGCCGACGUUCCAUGAUUUGUUUACAUCGUUAGUACAUAACAACACGAGUCUCAGUAAGGUUCAGAAAUUGCACUAUUUAAAGUCAAGCAUCGCUGGUGAGGCCGCUGCCUUAUUGAAGCAUGUUACAAUUACGGAACAAAAUUAUGAGUUAGCAUGGGAGACUUUAAAACAAAGGUAUGGUAAUAAAAGGUUAAUUGUGAACUCCCUAUUAAAGAGAUUGUUUAAUCAGAAGAAGAGUACCACUCAAACAUCUAGUCAAAUCAAAAAUGUAUUGGACACUACGACGCAAUGUUUGAAUGAUUUACAAAAUCUACAAGUUAAGGUGAAUGAGUGGGAUCCGUUCAUAAUAUACCUAGUAGUGAACAGGCUCGACAACGAAACACACAAGGAUUGGGAGGAGCACGCCUACAAUUUAAAUGCUGACCAGUUACCCAAAUGGAAUGAUUUAAAAAAGUACCUCGAGUCGAAGUUUCGCACGUUAGAACUGGUUAACCCUGUCACUGCUACCAUACCUAAAGAAACUAAAUCAAUUAAGGAAAAGUCUUACCACGUGUCAACGUCAACGAAAAGCUGUGUUUUAUGUAGGGGUGAACACACCUUAUGUCACUGUGAAGAUUUUACAAAAAUGUCACCUGUGGAGAGAAUAGACUAUGUGAAGAAAACAAACUUAUGUUUCAACUGUCUCCUACCAGGACAUUCUGCAUCACGAUGUCGUCUUUCCUUCACAUGUCGUAUAUGCAAAAAGAGACAUCACACCAUGAUACACCAAGCGCAGAAUACGGAGUCAGUCAAAACCCAAGCUCACCACAGUCACCUGACACACGAAGAAGAAGACCCGCAGAAUAAUGAAGAAGUGGAAGAGGUAGAAAUUUCAUGUAACUUUACCUGCAAUAAAUCUAAAGGCCUGCUAGCGACGGCAAUGAUAUCAAUAAAGGAUGAUGAAGGUCACGUGACUCCACUUCGCUGCUUAAUCGAUCCGGGGUCUGAAUCAAGCUUUUUAAGCGAACGCGUAGCACAAGCGCUGCGAGUCAAGAGGUCACCUGUCAAAGGAAUUGUCACUGGGGUCGGCGACCUCCAAGUGAAGAUCAACAGCGUAACACAUGUACAAGUAUUGUCAAAUCAAGAUGACAGUUUUCAGCUAGAUGUCAAAGCUUAUAUAAUGCCCUCGAAGCUAACAUCACAACUACCAUCAAGGAAGAUUAAGUAUGACCCACAAGUCUGGUCACACUUACAAGGGCUCACUCUGGCUGAUCCUAAGUUCCAUCAGCCAGGGCGAGUAGACAUGUUACUUGGUGUAAAAGUGUAUGCACAAAUACUAGAAGGAAGAGUCAAAAAGGGUCCACCUGGCACUCCAUGCGCCCAAGAAACAAGCCUAGGUUGGAUAAUAUUCGGAGAUGUAGAAGAUACAGCAGACACUUUACAAGAAAACAUAGUUGUGAUGCAUCAUCACGUCAACGUGGAUGACAUGGUAAAGGCAUUUUGGGAGAUAGAUACUACAGAUACAAAGAAGAGUCUCACAAGCGAAGAAGAAAAGGAUGAAACGAUUUACAAGGAGACGCAUACAAGAGACGAAGAAGGAAGACACAUAGGCUCGUCACUAUUCAAAAAUGAAGAACUACUAUCUCCAAAGAGACAAACAAGAGACAUCGCUAGGCUGAGACUGAAACAACAUGAAAGAAGAUUCAAAAGAGAUGCUAAUCUAAAAAAUGCAAAUGUUAAGGCUAUAGAAGAAUAUCCGAAACUAAACUACAUUGAAGAAGAAGAAAAAGUUAACAAAGAGGCAGUAUACUUACCAUUUCACGAGGUAAUAAAAGAAGAAAAGGAAACUAGAAAAACGAGAAACGCUUUCAAUGCUUCUAAGGGCUCUAAUGUUGUAUCCUUGAACAACGGGCUCUUAGUUGGCCCACAUCUACAGGACGACAUGCGAAACCUUGUCAUGAAAUGGCUGGAACAAAUAAGCGAAGCAACCUGCUUACCUACCAGUAAGAUGCACGCGUGGAUGGACGCUAUACUUGUGUUGUCCUGGCUGUAUGAAGAUCCUGCAAGAUGGCAACCAUUCAAACGAAAUAGAGUUAUAGCUAUACAAGGAAUAACCUCAAACCAAUGGUAUCACGCGUGCACUACGGAGAACCUUCCUGAUAUUGUAUCCAGAGGGAUACCGCUAAGUGAACUGAAGAGCUGCUCCUUCUGUUGUCAAGGGCCGCAGUGGCUGAAACAUAAGAAUACACAGUUAGAACAUCGAACAAUAGAAGAGACAGUCCUGGAAAUGAGAGAGGUUACAAUGCAAGUUAAUCUAAAUAUAUAUGAAAAUAUAGAAGCCUUACCUGAGAAGUUUGAUGAACAUGAUACUUUACCUGACUUGCUGAAGUCCAUAGUAUACACCAGAAGAUUCUUGACGUACCUGAAAGAGAAAAACACAAACACAGAAAAGGCAAGAAAAAGAGUGAGCACUAAGAACAAGUUAGGAACUUUAAACCCUUACCUUGACGCAACCGAGAUCCUCAGGGUGGGCGGUGGAUUGUGCCACUCCGAGUUAGAUGAAGAACGAAAGCAUCGUAUUAUUUUAGGCAAAUGUCACUUUACUUACUUCAUCAUGCACUGUAACGGAGGUGUAUUUGGUGGGGGGUAA